UUUGUCGCAAAACAGGUGGGACAAAAAUAAUAACGCAAAAGGAGGAAGUGUGUCAUGCAGAAACAUUGAAGCUCUGUGGGUUCGAGUUGCUAGAAUCCAUUCAACGAUUUCAGGAGAAGCGAGAGCAGUCGAUAUCCAUAUGUCUCCGGCCUCUGGUAUGUUGCUUGACGAAACCCCGCUUUUCGAUCCAUUUCUGCUCAAGGAGCUGGACUGGAGCAGCAACACUGUCCACUUCUCACCCCCAAUUUCCCCCUCUCAGCCUGGGGAGGGUCUGGUCCUUCGUCCUCUCUGUACUGCUGACCUAGACAGAGGCUUCUAUAAGGUUUUAUCACAGCUCACAGUAGCCGGGGAUGUCACAGAGGAGAAGUUCAAAGCAAAUUUUGAACAUAUGAAAAGAAGCGGAGACUAUUAUGUCAUAGUGGUGGAAGACACAAAUCUUGGACAAAUUGUUGCCACAGCAACACUUAUCAUAGAAAACAAAUUCAUCCAUGCUUGUGCAAAGAGGGGGCGUGUGGAGGAAGUGGUUGUGAGUGAUGUAUGCAGAGGCAAACAACUUGGAAAACUGUUGGUAUCAACAUUGACUCUCCUCAGCAAAAAGUUGCAGUGCUACAAAGUAACACUGGAGUGUGCACCGAAAAAUGUGGAAUUCUAUAAGAAGUUUGGCUUCUCUGCAUCAGAUGAGACUUACAUGCAGUGCCGGUUCUUUCAUUGACCUGAACAAGAACUAGAACAUCACGUUCUAUGAAUGUUAGCUUGGACAACGUCCACACUAAUCUGUUAAAGUUUGAAAACUCUGUUUUCAGUUUCCUAUCACUUUUCCAAAGUAUGCGGUUAUGGAGAAUGUUUCCAUUUUCAGUGUAGGAAAAUGCCGUUCCAGCGUGUAUGAAAGGCACAAACGUAGCACAAUUACUGCGUUUUCAAACUAAAACAGAUAAGUGUGGAUGUGGCCUUCGAUCAGACUACCUCGAAGUUGCACCUUUUUAGUCAGCAAAAAUAAUAUUACAAAACGGUAUAUCUUUAUAAUUUAAUUACACGUUAUGCAGUCAUAACAAAUUAUAACUUCAGAACACAGAACUGGACUUUCAGAAACGUUCUGUCUAAAUGUCAGCAGUCAGUGUCAAGCACUAUUGAAAGUUAUUCAGUUAUUUAUUUAUAAAAUAUGACUCUGCCAUGAAAAUUUGCUAGAGGAAUAAAUAAGAUCUAAUCAUAUGUGUGGUCAACACUGUAAACCACAGAAAAAUAACACUGUGGCCUAUUAGAGAAGACAAUUAUAGGGCUAUGUACUUGAAUAUUUUCUAAUGGAAAGAUUUAAUGCAAAGAUACUUUUCUGUUCAAGGGGAUGUAAUUUCUCAGUAUCUCAGAAACUGUUUUGAAAUCAUUUUUAAAACUGAAUGCUUAUGGGAUUUUCCCCUCUUUUCUUAAAAUUAUGCUGUGGGAAAAUGUACCAAACCUCAAAUCACAUUUGGCAUUCUAUAAGCAAGUUCCAUGAAAGCGGUAUAGAAUCUUUUAAAAUUUAUUUAAAAUGUAUUUAAAAUGUUUUGCAGGUACUCCGCUUCCAUGUAGAGAACAAUAAUAAGAGAACUAAGUUUACAUCUUAUUUAUUAUGUCUUUUUUCCCCUCAAAUUUCUGGCUCUAACCUUAGCAAUUGCUGGUAAUUAUAUUGAAUCAAUAGUUAUGUGUAAAACCAAAAGGCAAAUUAAUAACUUUAAAAUAUUUCAAAAUGCAAUGAAAGCAUACCUUUGUACAAAUUCACUUAUUUUUAUACUUUUACUGGUAGCAGUUAGACAAAUAAGGUGCUUCCACAUGCUUUUUCUGUGUGGUUCUCUUAUCAAUCAAUCAGCAACUGAAUAUGUUGCAGUGGUGUUUUUUUUUUUUUUCUUGUUUUUUCUUUUAUAACUUAUGUAAAGAAACUGAUGGAUUGAAACCAUAAAACAAGUGGGUGAAUGGGUCGAAAUGUAACUUUAAAUAUAAAUAAAAUGUCAAGUACAUAUUGUACUUCAA